AAAAAAUUUAAUGACAAAAAAUGAAAAACGAUUCAGAAUAAAAGAGCAAUCCUUAUUAUAUAUGUAAAAAAUUGUAAAAUGAGAAAAUGUGUGUGAGUGUUUUUGAGCACGUAAGAGUGUAAGUGACUAAAUGGGAAAAGUUGAGUAGAAUUGAUAGAAAAGAAUAUAGAAGAAGAAGAAAAAAUACAGAAGAAAUAUUACAAAGUGACGAACAACAUACGAUAAAAAUCAAUUGAAUAAAAAUUGUUCAAAAAUAAUUAAACUGUGCAGAUUUAAAAAAAGCAAAAUAAUUAACAAAUAAAGUAUUUUUGAAAUAGUGUUUUAUUAAAUAAACAAAGUAAACAAAAAGUGUUAAAAGUUUUAUUUGCUGAAAAGUUUAAAAAAGAAAAAAAAAAAGAGUAUGUAAGGAAAAAAGAGAGUCAUCAUAUUAAAAUUUAAUUGGAAUAAACAAGAAAGAGUGUUAUUCAUUUGUUAACAUUUUACAAGACAAAAUAUUUCCCUAAAAUUUACAUUUUCACCUAAAUUCUAGACAUUUUUUUUCGAAAUUAAGCAAAUGCAUAGAAAAUAUAUUCUACAAACAACAAUAAAAAAAAUUAAACCGACGACCGCAAAAUAUUAAAUACCAAAAAAAAAUCCACUAAAAACGAGUAUUUUUUCUAGUCGCGGAAUUUUCUGCCAUUACGUUUUGUUAUGUGUUUUCUUUCUGAAAUACCAACAACUCUCUUCGUUUACUACUUAACGCAAAAUAAAACGGCAACUUUAAUACAUUUUUCGCUCCAUUAAAAAACAACAUAUAAUCUAGUGAAUUUUUUUUUAUAAAAACUAAAAAAAAAUAAAUAAAUUUAAUCAUCUAGAGUGUUAAAACAAAAUUAUAAUUUUACCACAAAGAAUUUAUUUCAAAAAAAAAAAGCUAAAGUGUUUAACAAUUUGGCCAAAAAAAAUAAAUAAAUAAAUAAUAUUCUAAUAGAUAUUUUAAGUGUUUAUUUUAAAUAAAUUAUUAAAAAAUAGCUAUUUUAGUUUAAAAAUUUAUAAAAUUAAAAAAAAUUAUACUAACCCCCUCGCUGUUCUACUACAAUUGAAAAAAUUCUUCUUUUGAGUUACUUUUCCUUAAGCUUUUAAAUGAUCUACAGAAAUUUGUGUUUAGUUUUUUUAUGAAGAAUAUAUUAUAAAACAUAAUUUAAUGUCAUAAAAAAAGAAAUAUUAAAUUGACAACACACAACAAUAAAGACAGCAGCAUAACAAAGUCAUAUUAGUUUAAAAAAAUAAAUAAAUAAAAUUUCUAAAAGAAAAUUUUUAAUAAAAUAAUACAAAAUAUAUUAAAAAAAAAAAAAGAAAAGAAUCAAAUUCAACAAACACCCCCUAAAACCUCAACACAUAACAGAACCACUAAAUCAAUUUAAAAUAAUAAAAAUGUGGCUUUGAUAAAGGUUAAAACGUAGUUAAAAUAUAAAUAAUAAUAAUACAUAUAAAAAAAAUUAGAAAAAUUUAUUUUUUAUGGUGUCAUCAUCAUCAUUAUUAUAAUCAUCAACAACAACAACAAUAACGUCGUCAUCGUCAUUAUUAUUAUUAUUACUAUUAAAUGAAAAGUAAGCUAAAUAACAGCAAUACACAACUCUCUACUAUUCAAACCACAACAACAACAACAACAAUUCAUCACAACAACGACAAACCCACAACAACAAACACAGCAUCAUUUGAACAAUAAAAAUUUACCACCCCAGACAACAAUUUCGCCCUGAUCUUCUUUUAAAACCCCCCCCUCUCUCUGCUAAACUAACUUAAGCUAUAGCAAGCUCGAGAGAGAGAGAGAGAGUGAUUGUCAAAGAUAAAAAAGAGAAAUCGUCAACAUCAUCAUCAUCAUUGGCAAAUAACGUUAAUUUAAACACAACGUUAUACAAAUUUGUAUUUGUUUUUGUUGUGUACGGUUUAAAAAUUUCGUAACGUAUCGAAAUUUACGGUAAUGCAGUCGUUUCAAUUACGUUUAAGCUAUGCCAUCGUUAAUAAACGUUGCCCCAACAAUGCCUUCAAUACAAUAUGUAUCGAAAAUAUUGUCGCGUAGUUAAACGUUAUAAAAGUAAACGUAAAGUGAACGCCCUUCUAAGCGUAGAACAUUUAUUGCAAACGUUUUCGCUUACGUUUCUGUUAAGAUUUACGUCUGUUAAAACAAUAUCGUUAUUAAAAACGUCGCGUGCGCGAUCUUUACCGUUAACGUUAUCGUUAUUGUCGUCGUCGUCGUCGUCGUUAUCGUUGUCGCCGUCGCUUAUGUUAAGUUUGUUUAUUGUGUCUUCAUGAUCAUGAUGAUAGUUUUAUUUUUUGAGUGAAUAAUAAUAGUUAUUACUACCACAACAACAACAACAAUAAUAAAAAAGUGUAUGAUCUUUAGUGUGUUGAUCAAAUUCAAUUAAAUCUAAUUUAUUUUUUUUUACUUAUUUUGUGUGUUUGUUUAACCUCAUCCACAAAAUAACAACAACUUGGAAAAAAAAACAGUGAAAAAUCGAGAGCUAGAGAACAAGAUUGAUCAUACAUACAUUCAGACAACAGUCCAAAACGCCAAACAAAUCAGCUCCAAGUAAAACGUUCAGUAAAUCAUAAUCAUUUUAAACUAAGAACAUUGCACAGUUCUUCGUCGUAAACAAAAAACUAAAAGUUUUUCUUUAAAUUUAAAAAAUAAUAGUUAAAUUUAUAUUAAAAACAAACUUAGAAAUAAAAAAAAAAAAAAACUUUAAAACUCCCUUACUCUCUAAAUUAUACAUUUCCGCUUCGAAAAAAAAGAAAAACUAAAACCUUCUUCAAUUUACGACCCGGGUUAGAGUUAAAGUAAAAACAACGACCCUGGAUUUGCUGCUGAAAACGUUGCGCACGCUUAAAAAUCCGAUUAUGGCCGAGAAUCAAACCGCAACAGAAGAUUCCGGUCAACAGUCAACUACACAACAACAAACGCAUCCCCAUCAACACAAUCAGCAACAGCAGCAACACUCACACAACGAUAAUUCACACACAUUAUCAACACAAAAUUCCGAAGAACUAUCGUCGGCUCUAACAUCGCCCACAACGCCACCAAACGAAAAUAAUUCCGCUUCAUCGCCCGAAGAACCUCAAACCAUUGUUAUUGCCAAUCACCAUCAACAACAACAACAACAACAGCAAUCAACACAACAGCAGCAGGGCCAACAGCAGGCACGCAGCAUGAUUGAUCGCCACUUAAAUACCAAAAUUAAGGCCGUACGACGUAAUACCAUACAGUCCGCUACAGCGCCCAUUAGAGCCGCCAGCACUACGUCCAUUAAAAAGCCGACACUUACUAAAAUGAACUCGUUGACCGGCAGUACUGGUACUGCUACUGGUAAUGGCGAAAAGAAUAAUACGGAUAAACAUCACUUGCAACAACAGCAGCAACAUCACCAUCAUCAUCAUCAACACAACAGUAUGACGAAUCAUCAUCAUCACCAUCAUCAAAACAAUUCUUCAUCUUCGGGUGGCACCAAUAGUAAUUCAACAGCCAUACAUCGUACCACAAGUGAAAGUCUUCGUUUGAAUGCUCUACCACCCGUUAGUGUGGGUCAUGGUGCUGCCGCUACCGGUGCUGGUGUUGGUGGUGGUGAUACUCUUUCAAAUGCCACCAGCAAUAGCAGCAUUCAUUCAAAUUUGACUAAUAACAGCUCAAGUUCAGCUUCGGUUGCACCUAAAUCGACUAGCACCAAUGCUAGCCAUAGCAAAUCUACUACGUCCAAGUCAUCGUCGGCUUCUUCAAAGGCUUCUUCGCCCAAUAACAAUAAUAGCAUUGCUUCGGCUGUAGCCGGCAGCUCUCAUGCUUCACGUAGUCAUCACAGUCAUGGUCACAUACAGGGUCAUGGUCACGGCCAUGGCCACAACACUGGUGGCGCUCGUAAGCCAAAGACUACUUCAUCGUUUCAAAUAACUUCCGUAACGGUUGGUCAUCCAAAGGCUCAGGUGGCAGCCGACAAUGGAGAAGAAGAGUCGGCCGAUGAUCUCGAUGAAUCUCAUACUGAUGACAAUAGUCGCAUCACAGAUUUGGAGAAUGAAACACCUUCCAUGUCGGAGGACACGUUUUCCAAGGAGGAGAUCUACUAUCAUCAAGAUGAUGCCUUAAGUAGCACCGCUCCGGUUAUACCAACCAGUUCGCAGUAUGGUCUAGUAGUGGCCACUUUGGGCGCUCAGGACAUCUCCAAUGUUCAAGUAAAUGUUGGUGAUAAUUUCAUUAAUGUGGUACCCAGUGGCAGUGGUAUUAAAAAGGAGGAUCUUAAAGACUCGGCCCAGCAUCGUAGUGAACGUUUUAAGGUGGUUAAAAUUGAAUCCACUGAACCGUUUCGUCGUGGCCGUUGGGUUUGUAUGGACUAUCUGGAUCACAGCAGUAGUGUAACAGGCAAAGAGGAUGCCAGUAGCGGUGGUGCAGGCAAUAACAAUGAAAAGACUGAGACCGGAGGAGGUGUGGAUAGUGGUGAACAAAAAACGAAAACCACACAAAGUAUGAUAUUGGGACCAGGCGCUGCUGCAGCUAUGGAAAAUCAUAUAGACAACUCGGUUGCACCCACGGCAGAUGGUAAUUGGAAUUUCCCGGAUACCAAUGUUAAUGUAGGUGGCGGUGGUAUAGCUACUGCUCCCGCCACCGUGGUGCAUGGUAUGCAGCAAUUUGUGGAGACUUCGGAAGAUCAGCAGACCCAGCAGUUGAUGCAACAAGAGCAGCAGUAUCAGACACCUCCGCAAGAGGUUAAUGCAAACGCCACACCACAAAUGACAAUGACGGCUCAAGCUCCUCCCGAAGUGGUACAACCUACAGUGCCCAUGGAUUAUGCUACUGUAGCAGCUCAAAAACUCAAAAAAUCAUUGGAAGAGUUAAAGAAACAAGAAGAAGCCAUAGCAGCCUCCGAAAAGGCUGCAGCUGCGGCUAGUGGUGUCUAUAUGCCGGGGCAAUCGCAAACAGUCAAUUUUGCUGAAGCCAUGCAGCAACAACAACAGCAGCAGGUACCCAUGCAACAGCCACAGCAGUUAGCCAUGCAACAGCAGCAUGCUCAACAUGCUGCCUCUUUACCAGGCAAUAUAAGUAUGCAAAAUGGUAACAUUUCCAUUGCUACGGAUAACAAUAAUAUGGCUGGUGCUGGACAGCAACAACAAAUGAUGGUUGAGGCUCAACAGCAGACACAAAGUUUGGGUUAUAGCGUAGAAGCACAGCAACAGCAGCCCAUGUCGCCGGCUCCACAGCAGAUGCAGGUACCACCUAGCUUUGUGGCCGCUAGUUUCCAAACUACACCACAACAAACACCACCACAACAGUCACCACAAAUGCAAGAAGCCGGACAAGUCAUGCAACAGCAACAAGUCCAACAACAGAUGGCUCAGCAACAGAUUCCACAGCAAAUGCAACAGGCUAAUCUACAACAGCAACAACCAGCGCCAACUCAAUUGCAGCAGCAAUCUUCACAAACCGAUGGAGUGACUAAUAUGCAAAACUUGGCAGCUGUUGCUAAUAUACAGCAAAUGCAACAGCAACAACAACAGCAGUCGCAUGCACAAGUCCCACAACAACAACAGCAACCACAACUUCCACCACAAUUCCAGCAGUUGCAACAACAGCAACAGCCUCUAGCUCCAGGACAAACUAUGCCCAUUCUUACACAAAUGACCAGUUAUGAUAUACAACAUCAGCAGCAACAACAACAACAUCAAUUACAACAGCAACAAAGUGCUCCGGCAACUAUGUUGGACAAUUCAGCCUUAUUGGCCACAUUGCAACAGCAGCAGCAACAACAACAACAGCAAACGACAACAACCAAUACAAUGGCUGGUCCUACCAAUAUCAUGAUGCAACCUACAAAUGUCAAUGCUCCACCUCAGCAAUAUCACCAGCAGCAACAACAGCAGCCACAACAACUUCAACAACAACAACAACCACAAUUACCUAUCGAUAGUGCUCCUCCAACAAGUGUUAGUGCCAAUAGUAGCAAUAGUACUGUUAAUUUAAAUCCCAUUACGACAGCUACAAUUAUACCAAUAACUUCUUCUAAUGCUCCAUUACCAACAAAUAUUGCUAGCAACAGCAAUAACAACAUUAAUAAUAACAAUAAUACUACUACCAAUAUUGAUAAUCAAACAGUUUUACAGCAACAGCAGCAGCAACAACAAAUGCAACCACCGCAACAGCAACCAUCUACAUCAUCACAACAACUACAAGCCACGCAACAGCAAUUACAACAAAAUACGGAAACAGAGACUGAAAGAAAUGUUUCCAGUCUCACACAGGCCAUGAGCAGCAAUAAUCAAACAAAUCGUAAAAGGGCCUUUAGUACACCGCACAUAACACCAGCAUUUGCCCAACAAAUGUUGGCCAGUUCAAAUACCGGCUCAGAGUUAACACCAGUACUACUACUGCCCUCUUCGAUGGGCGGUAAUAAUGAGCAAAAUAUUUAUUUCUAUAAUAAAACUUCAUCUGGACGAUCAUCAUUUUGUGUGGAUGAAAGUAUGUGGCCUACAACCGGUGGCCAAUUAACGCAAUUUAUCAAUGUCAAUGAUAAUGGUAAUCCACCUUUGCUGCAACAAUUGGGUUCGGAUUCCAAUAUUUAUACGAAUUUGGCUUUGAGCAAUGAACGUUAUAAAUUGCCGGUAGAGUUUACCACUUCAUUGAGUCCUGGUGUUAGCAUAACCACUACCACCUCCACACAACGUGAAGACGAUGAGGAUGAUGAUGAGUAUGAGGAUUUGAUUAACGAUAACGAAGCCGAUUUGGAAGAAUCCACCGAUCAGUUUUCACCUUUACUCUAUCCGGUUUCACAACCUAUAGCCAUAAGUGCUGGCAAUAGUCCAGUACACAAACCCAAAAGUAAUUCGGCAGGAGGUUUACGCAGUGGUCAAAGAAGUCCUAGUCGUGCCACAUCGCCCACAGCUGGACAUCAUCAACAGCAUCACUUGGCCUUUAGUGCUAGUCCUACCACUGGGGCCUAUCCGUUUACCCCCUUUUAUGCCGUAUCACCGGAUGUUAAACAAACACAAAUGGCCGCUCAACAUAAAAUCGCCCACAGUUAUGAUCCCUCUUUUGGUUCUAACAUAAAUCGUUUACCUUUGCCACAGCAAGGACAGCAGCAGCAGCAGCCGCCCAAAAAACAAUUGCCUAGACAACCACCUCCGCCCCAACAAAGACAUUCACAACCCAGUAGUAGCAGCAGUCAUUUUACCAGUCCCAUACAGCCCAGACAAAAACUAUCUACCGGUUCAAUUGAAAGUGCUCCGGGAGCUAUAAUAUUUGCCACUUCACCUACUUCAUCGUUAACUAACAGGUAUGUCCUUUAUAGUUUAUUUAAUAUUUCGUUAUCCCAACGGUAAGUGUCAAAAUUCAAU